AUGGGGCCCAGAGAUGAUUCCAGUGCCUUUUGGGGGACCACCCCUCCUAGGAAGGACCGAGGGGGUCUGGGAAGACGGGAUGGGGUGAAGAGGCGGGCAGGUUCGCUGGUCACCCCAGGCACGGAGUCUCCGGUUGGGGAGUCCCUGUGGGACUGGUGGGCCGGCCUCCUCGUCCACUCGGGACUGGGGACGUCUCGCCUGUGUCCGGUGCUGGUCACCCAGGUCCCUCCACUGGGACAGCCUGGUCGACUGCUUUGCCACAGAGAAAACAUGGGGCGAGUGUCACCAGAGUACCUGGAGGAGAAGCAGGACCUGGAGCUCAGGUGCUCCACGCUGGGGAAGGACUGCGACAUGUACAAGCACAGAAUGAACACCGUCAUGCUGCAGCUGGAGGAGGUGGAGCGGGAACGGGACCAGGCCUUCCACUCGCGGGACGAGGCGCAGACGCAUUACUCCCAGUGUCUGCUGGAGAAGGACAAGUACCGCAAGCAGAUCCGCGAGCUGGAGGAGAAGAACGACGAGACCCGCAUCGAGCUGGUGCGGCAGGAGGCGUGCAUCCUCACCCUGGAGGGCAAGCUGCGACGGCUUUCCAAGGAGAGCGGCGGCCUCGACCAGAGUCUCCCCCGGAACCUGCCAGCCACCAUCAUCUCCCAGGACUUUGGGGACACCAGCCCCAGGACCAAUGGCCAGGAAGCAGACGACUCAUCCACAUCAGAGGAGUCACCCGAGGACAGCAAGUACUUCCAGUCCUGCCGCCCGCCCCGGCGCAGGAUGAACCUGAAGGGGAUCCAGAGACUACAUGAGCCUGGAGCAAAAGUGCUGUUUACCAAGGACUGA